AUGUUCAGGGCAGCCAGGUUACAUGGCGCUGCAACCAUGGAACCGGGAGCGGAUGACAAAACGGGCAAGGCUGCAGGUGCUGUUGGCAGCUCGUUCUCGGGUGCUGGUCGCAAGCUUGACGAUGCAGCGAAGACUGGAGAGACAGUCGCGCCAGUCGACCGUACUGCACCUCAAUGUUCCAUUUCGAAGGUGCUCAAAAUGUGGGAAAAUGGUUUCAGCGUCGACGAUGGGCCCCUGCGGGCGUAUGACAGUCCAAGCAGCGAACAGUUUCUCCAGUCCAUCCGCCAGGGAGAAGUCCCCGUGGAGAUGCUGCAGGAGGCGGAAGGGGCCGAGGUGGACUUAAUCAUGGAAGACCAUCGGCACGAGCAGUUCUUCGCACCGCAGCGUAUAAAGGUGAUGCCCUUCGAAGGCACGGGACACCGGCUCGGCGCCGUGACUCCAACGAUGAUCCGGCGAACAGUGACAAUGCUACCGAUCGAACUCGCUGAGGCCAACGCGAAGAAGGCGAUAAACCUGAACGAGGCUUUGCCUACCACUAACAUCCAGAUUCGUCUCCACGAUGGCUCGAGGUUGGUGGCACGCAUGAACCAGACCAACACGGUAGCUGACAUUCGCAAGUACAUUGUGAACGCCCGGCCUGAGUACGAGGCAGCGACUUUCACGCUGCAGACUAUGUUCCCGAGGAAGGAACUCACGAACGACCAGGCGACGCUGAAGGAGGCGAACCUGCUCAACGUGGUCAUCGUUCAACGCCUGAAGUAA